UGCGCGGCGGAGGAGGUCUGCGGGGAUCACGGCCUCCAUCUCCUCCGCCCCUUCGGCCAGAAGCAGCAGCGCCCUCCGCGAAGCAGCAGCCAUCCCCGGCCGCCUUCUCCUCCUGCUCCUCCUCCUCCUGGAUCCUGCUGGGACUCCUGGCUCUCAGUCUCCGUCGUCUGCCUCGGCGGCGCAUGCGCAGAAGGAGGGGGCGUGGCCAGGGCCACGGAGGGGAUGCCGGGAGCGGUAGUCCUGGGAGGUUCCUCCAGUCGCCCCUCCGGGACGAAGGCAGCGCCUUCCUGGGCGAAGACUCGGCCCGUUCCUCCGCCUUCCUUCGGAUUUGCUCAUCUCCUUUGUACGCCGCCUUCCUAAAACAUCGCUACAGCCUGAGGCCCAAGGGACCUUCCGCGCGUACCCGGAACCCGACGGCUGCCUGCCCUGCGACGUCUGCGACCAAGGCCGGACCUACCUCUCCCGCUGCAACGCCACCGCCAACGCCGUCUGCCGCUGCCCCCCGGGGAGGACCUGCGGGGACAACGCCUGCCUGCCCUGCCCGCACCAGGACCAGCACCAGGAGGGCUGCCCCCCCGGGAACGGAGCCCAGCCCCCGGACAGGCUGCCAGAGCUGCCCCGAGGGAGCCUUCAACGCCCGCAGCAGGAGCAGGGACCCCUGCCGCCCCUUCAGCCGGUGCCCCGAUGACCGGAUCCUGAAACCUGGGACCAAGGAGAGCGAUGUGGUUUGCCAGCCAGAGCCAACCCGGCCCCCCAUACCAACCACGGGGGUCUCCCCCAUUAAGACGACAGCUCCUCCAGAAACAGAUGGCCAGAUGGUCCCCAUUGCCAUGUCCGUGGCAGCCCUGCUGCUCUGCCUCCUGGCCCUGUGCCUCUCCUGCCUUGUCUUCAGGUCAUGGGCCCAAGAGAAGUCCCAAGAAGGAGGGUCUGCCUGCCAUGGUCAGCCGGCCCAAGAGGUGGACGACUGCAGCUACUGCUACCCAGAGGAAGAGGAAGGCGGCGAUGGCUGCAGCAAAGCCUCUGGGGCAAAGUGGGAACUGCUGCUCGAAAAAGUCCCCUAAGGAGCCCCCCUAGCUCUGCUCAAGGGGCCUUCCUCAGGAGGGAGGAUCCUUCUACCAAAGGAAGAGGGGCCCAAGAAGAGGAGCCCCAUAGGAGAUUUGUCUUAGAUGCGAGAGGGAGUGUGUCUGGAGCGGGUCCUUGAGCUUCAUGGGGCAGAGGUUCCUCCUUCUGCUCAACCAGAAAGAGGGGUUCUUGGGCUGCCCCCACCUGAGACCUCCUCCUCCCUUGGGCCACCACUCCUCUCUUUCAGGACUGGAGCCCCCUCUGCUUUCUCUAACCCCAUGACUGGGCCUUCCUUCCUUCCUUCCUUCCUUCCUUCCUUCCUUCCUUCCUUCCUUCCCAGGGGCUGCUUUGCUUAGUCCAGACCUGCUCUGGAGGCUCCAAGAUUCUUCCAGACUGCAGAUACGCCUUCAGUCCUGGAGGGCAUCUGCACUCAGCAGUUACAGCAGUUUCAUUUUGCUUUAGCUGUUAUGGCACCUGGGGAGGGGAUGCUCAGAAACUUCACCUUGUAUAUGUAUAUAUGUUUGCAUAUGUGUGUGUGCAUGCUUCCUAGCUGCAGGGGAUUCAAAAGGGCUCUUCCCAAACUGCAACCUCCCCACCACCACCACCAUGGAGUGUCUGGACAGAUGGAGCCACAAAGGCGGGUCACGUGCCACCAAACUGCCACUUUUUGUGAGUGCCCUGGGCUUUCAGGGAAGAGAAAGUGCCAGCUGUUCCUGCCAACGCCACCAAUGUGGUCGUGCCAUCCUCUGUCAUGGCACAUGGCAGUAGCUCUGCCCCAGGUCCUCCUCUUGUCUGGCUCUCUUCGUUACUGGGGGGGGGGGGGGCAUCCAGGGGACAAGGCCCUGCUUUCAGGUUUCCUGAGCCCCUUGGGCACCAGUGCGGAGCCCCCGUCGACAGAAGGCCCUGUCCGCUCUCUCUCCCCCUUCAGAUACACACUCGUUCCAUCCCUGUGAAAAGGCCAAGAGUUAUGACUUGCUGCGGUGCUCUCCUUCCCACCUCUUAUAUGAGUCUGAGUCGGCUCCGGUGGUUGAGCCAGUGGAAACAUCUGGUCUGUGUGCUUGGAGCCAAGAGGCGGGUGACGACAGCGGCUGUGGUGGCAUGUACCCUCACACGCCGCAGAACCAGGGCUGAUGUUCACCCACCGCAACCGGAGGAGGAAGCUGGAAACAUUUUGACAGCACCAGAGCCUCCUCUCCUCUGCCGUCACCAUGGAGGGCCAUAGACUUUCCAAGCCGCCUUGAGAAACUGUGUGGCCACCAGUGAGGUCUGUGUAAUGUGUGUGUGAAAAUCAUGCCCUCCCUGAGAAGGUCAGGGCUGCUGGAGAAGCACCACCUUGUGCCUGUGAUACUGCAAAAGAUAUGCAGAAGUAGUGCUCUUAAAAGAAAAGGCUUCCAGAAGUGUGAUCUUGUCCUAAAUUUUAUAUGAUGUGAUAUUUUUUAUGGAUGGAGAAAGAAGGAAGUCUUGUCAGAAGCCCUGCGUGCCACUUGUUGGGAUGGGGACUCUCUGGGGGCUCCUUGGAGAGGAAUAAAUGCUUCCAAGGA